AUGAAUUUAACCUGGAUUAUUGUGUUAAAUGAAAAUGUCCGAUUGAUAACCAGCGCGUGUCCGGACCCGAGCGUAAUCACACCCUAUGGCUGUACGGAUUUAAUCAUGAUGUUUGUACUCAACCAAAAUGUCCGAAUCAUUACGUGCGAGUGUCCGGACCCGAGCGUAAUACUACCCUAUGGUUGUACGGGUUGUCAAUACAAUUAUAUAGAAUGUUACGGAGACAAUGAUUUUGACCUGGCUGAAAUGUUCAAAAAAUUAAGCCAAACCCUAGAACCGGAACAAAAACAUUUUCAUCGUUUUAAAUUUAGCAACACUAACGUGACUGAAAUAAAGGCCAACACUUUCAUGGAUAUUGUAUUUUCACAAAUUGAGAUUAGCUACACAAAUUUGGUCCAUAUUCACCCUGAUGCAUUUAUGUAUACCUACAACACUACGGACACACUCUAUAUUAAAAAUAACCCCCAAUUGGAGCCUGAUACAAUAUACGAUGUGAUGAGCAGAUUUACCAACGCUACAUUUAUUGAGGAUUAUCAUAAUGCCAAGUUCACCAUGAUGCCCGCAAACGCUUUCUCCAACAGUAAACAAUCAAAAUUAAAACGAUUGCAUAUCUGGUCGUCGGAGACAACUAUAGGCAGUCAUGCAAUCAAUAGGUUAUAUUCAUUGCGAGACAUUAUGUUCGGCGCUCCCGUCAACCAUAUAAUGGCCAAUGCAUUCACUAUCGACAGACCCAGUAAUGACUCAUUAGAUAUUAAUCUUAAUUAUUGUUGGUUAAACGAAACAAGCUUUGAACCUGGUUCUCUUACCGGUAUAAAUCGACCCACUGCAAUUUACAUGGGAAAUCAACAUACAAAUAUUGUUUAUUUAUCU